AUGACCGAGAGACUGGACCCACAGGCGCCGGCGCGGAAGAGGCAAAAGACGCUGGGCGACCCGGCACCGGCAGGCUCGACUUCGGCAGCAGCGGCGGCGGCGCUGGCCAAGCUCGUGCGCAAGGCGUCGGUGGCUGGCGGGAGCGGGGGUGGGUCUGGCACAGCAAGCUCGGGCGCAGCGAGCCGGAGCACGGCUGGGGCGAGCGAAAAGGGCUCACGCGGCUCUCGUGGCAAGGCCAAGCGGCGUGCGGAUCCGCUGGCCAUGCUGCUCGAGUCGAUGGCAGCAGAGCAAGCGACGGUCUCAGGCUCUGUCCGCGCCGCGUUUCCGGCGGCCACCUCUGCGCCGCCGCCACUGCGGUCGCGGCUGGAGGCGCCGGUGCGAGCGCAGAUGAGCCUGUCGGCCGCUGGCAACCUUGCGACGUGCAAGGUGGUCUCGCUCCAGGCGCCGCACGUCGGCGAGAUGAGCAAGCCGACACGGGUGCUCUCGCGGUCGGUCAAGACGCCGGCGGGCGCGCUCGAGGUGGUCUCGACGCGCAAAGUUGCCUCACGGCGCGACCCCAUCAUGCGCGCCUGCCGCCGCGUUCUCAAGACGCUACUCGCCGACUCGCGCUCAGAGCCGUUCCGCGAGCCGGUCAAUGCCAUUGCGCUCGACAUUCCCACGUACUUUGACAUUGUGCGGUGCCCCAUGGACCUCGGAACCAUUCAGGCGCGCCUCGACCGCGGCGCGUACGCCACCCCGGCCCAGUUUGCCGCCGACGUCCGGCUGGUCUUCUCCAACUGCACCCUCUUUAACUCGCCAGACUCGGCCAUCUACACCGAUGGUGUUGCCCUCCUUGCCGUCUUUGAGGAUCUCUACGCCGCCCUCAACGAGCAGCUCGACACCGAGCUCACCGCCAAGUACCAACAGCUUGCCAUCCUUUUCAAGGUCUACGAUGAGAUGUACCUGCAGUUCAACCAGCUCGAGGGCGCAGGCUCAGACGCGCUCGCGUCGCGGCCCAACUCGGCCGGUUCCGUCUCGUCGUCCGGCUCGACGUCGAAGGCCUUUCCUAUGGUCUCGGCGUCUGCGCCGACUACGCCGUCCGGCCGCCACUCGGCUUCGCGGGCGCACGCAUUUAUGCCGUCUCCGGCGUCGGCGUCGCAGGACCCGACUGCGCGGUCGGCCGGCUCUACCCCGCUUGUCGGCUCUGACGCCGGCGGCGCCCGUCGCCGCCCGCCCAAGGCCAUCGAGCCGCUCACCUUCAAGGCCCGCCGCCGCCUCGCCGACAAGCUCCGCCAUCUCACGCCUGACAAACUUGGCAUGGCGCUUGGCAUCAUCAUCGAGCUUGAGCCCGAGUUUGCCGACCUCGUGGCCAAGCCCGACGCUUCCUCAAGGUAG